UCCUGCUGCUGAUGCAAGAGCUGAGCGCGGCGGCGAGGCGGGUAGAGAGGCGAGAGGCGCCUGGGAGACAGAGCGAGGAGUGACUGACUCGGCCGGUGGGGUUGCGGCCACCCAGAGCGGGGACGAGCCCUUUCGAGUUUCUGCCUUGAGGGCCGGCGAGAGCCGCAGCCAUGUCGGGAGACGAGAUGAUUUUUGAUCCUACAAUGAGCAAGAAGAAAAAGAAGAAAAAGAAGCCCUUUAUGCUUGAUGAAGAAGGAGGAGAUGCACAAACAGAAGAAAUGCAGUUAUCAGAAACAAAAGAAAUGGAGCCAGAGCCAGUGGAAGACAAAGACACAGAAGCAGAUGAAGAGGACAGUAGGAGAAAAGAUGCAUCAAAUGACUUAGAUGAUUUAACAUUCUUCAAUCAAAAGAAGAAGAAGAAGAAAACAAAAAAGAUAUUUGACAUAGAUGAAGCUGAAGAGGGAGUAAAGGACCUGAAAAUUGAGGGGGAUGUUCAAGAGGUAGCAGCAGAACCACAAGCAGAAGAUGACCUUGAUAUCAUGCUUGGAAAGAAGAAGAAGAAGAAGACUGUGAAGUUUCCAGAUGAGGAUGACAUAUUGGAUAAAGAUGAAGCAUUGGAGGAUGAAGACAGCAAAAAAGAUGAUGGAAUCUCCUUUAGCUCUCAGUCAGGACCUGCAUGGGCAGGCUCAGAGAGGGACUACACAUAUGAUGAGUUGCUGAAUCGUGUUUUCAACAUUAUGCGAGAAAAAAAUCCAGAUAUGGUAGCUGGUGAAAAACGAAAAUUUGUCAUGAAGCCUCCACAAGUUGUAAGAGUAGGAACCAAGAAAACAUCAUUUGUCAACUUCACAGAUAUCUGUAAACUAUUACAUCGUCAACCAAAGCAUCUCUUGGCUUUCUUGCUUGCAGAAUUGGGUACAAGUGGCUCUAUAGAUGGUAACAACCAGCUUGUAAUCAAAGGAAGAUUCCAACAAAAACAGAUAGAAAAUGUCUUGAGAAGAUAUAUCAAGGAAUAUGUCACCUGUCACACAUGUCGGUCGCCAGACACAAUCUUGCAGAAGGACACCAGAUUAUAUUUUUUGCAGUGCGAGACCUGCCAUUCGCGCUGCUCUGUCGCCAGCAUCAAAACUGGUUUCCAGGCUGUCACGGGCAAGAGAGCGCAGCUCCGUGCCAAAGCUAACUAGUUGGUUGGUCGACACUGGAUUUUUUCAAAGUGAUCUGGGCACAAAAGGCUGGACAGGCUUACGACCUGAGUGGAUUUCCAAUGUAUUAAAACAAGAUUGUAAAAGCUGCUUGGCUUUGGGUUGGUCUGUGAAAUUCUUGCAGGAUGCAGAUCCUCAAGCUGUUGACAUUUGCUAACUGAAUAUUUUACCAACUGUCAAGUGUGAUGAGAGGAGGUGCUUUUUAAUCUGUUCAUAGAAUUCUGUAAAAUGCAAGAAAAAUUAAAGUUAUUAUAACAGUGACUCAUUUCAAGCUUUCUUUCUGUUUCUCUGUUAAAAUGACUGCUGUGGCAACAAUAAUACCUUGCAUACAUGCGAGUAUUGUGGCUGAUUCCAAAUAAUCAAAUGUGUUCUAAAAAAAUUGUUUCUUGGAAUGAGUAUUAUAGUAGCAAGUGAGAAAAGGUAAUGAAUGAAAUUCAUAAAAAUAUUUUGUCAUUAAAAAUAGAUUCUUUCAGAUGAAUGACUCCAUGGAUAUAAAAAAAAUCUAGUUACGUGGAGCAAGCCCACAGAUAUUUGUGAUUAAAUCUGGAUUGAUUAGGGUUGGGUUUCCUGUCCAUGCUUGGGCUCAGUUUCAUCUGUAUGCUAAUAUAGAUGAGUUCAGGGCACCUUACUAAUGCAUAAGGUUUGGGAAACAUGUCAGGGUACAUGCACAUUAUCACUGCCAUGUCUACUUGGAGAUUCUGCAGUGCUAGCUUCCAAAUGUGUGCUAGAGCAAUGGCAUUUUCAAAGUAAAUUGUAAGGCUGUACCAAGUUUUUUGCACACAAUUUCAAUGAAAGCAUCCACUUAAUAAUGGAAGCCAAGAAGAUAAUACACCUAUUAAACCUUAAUCGAUCCUGUUUCUUUCCUUUCCUUUCCCCUCCCGCUCCUGCCCUCCCCAUCAGCCCCCACGUCUGUCUUCCUGCAAGUUACUUGGUGUAAUUUCCUCCCAUUCAUAAUAGUGUGUUAAAAGAAUUGAGUACUGAUACGAAAACCAAACUGCCCAUUAGCUUUGUGUGUUUAUGCUGCAGUCUGUAUUUGUUUUAUCAGUUUGAAUGUGCUAAAAGAACUUCUAUCAUUCUUUGAGAGUAUUAAUCAGUGUGUGGAUAAGAAUCCUCCGGUAGACUGUGUACCUUUCCAAGACCUUUGCAAAGAUGCCUGACAGCACAAACUUGCACAUGCUUAUUCCAAACCAAGUCUAGUUGAAUUCAGUGGGACUUCUUCCCAGGUAAGUGUAUGCUGAGUAAACUUGUAGUCAUGCAGUAAGGGGUGCCUUGUCUUACAGAUCAGUAACUGGUAGAAGAAUAGGAAGCAGGGAGUGAGAAAAUAUAGUUUCUCAAGAAUUUGUAUUGGUACUGGUGCUUUUUAAACUUUUCUCAUAAAGAACCUGGAGUUAGGGGUGAGCAGUGAGGUCAAGAAGUUUGCUGUUUCCAAAUUAUUGAGGAGGGUCAGAAAAGGAGAGCAUCCAAAAGGGUAUCUCCAAACUAUUUGUUAAAAUGGCAAAUGUGGUUCAGUCUAAGCAACUGUAAAGUGUGCUUGGGGCAAAAUAAUUCAAGCUUCAUAUGUCUGUGACGGGGUCUGAGUUUUAGGGAGCAGAUAUUGGAUUGGGAUUAUGGGAUCAUUGUGGAUAGUUCAGUGAAAACUGGCAACUGAAAAGAAGCACGUUAAUUAGAAGAGGGGACUGAAAAUAAACUACCGAUAUUAUAAUGCCUUUAUACAGAUCUGUGAUGUGACCAUGCUUGGAAAUACUGUGCAAGUUGUGGUCACUGUGUCUCAAAGGAAGUUGUAGUGCUUGGAAAUUUGAAGAACAGGGCAACCCAAAUUGAGCUUGCCAAGUGAAGGGUACAGUCUUUGGGGCGUUUAAAAAGGUAAGAGAUAAGAUACAAUAAUAUGGAUAGAAAAUUUUCUCUCUCAUAAUACUAAGCUGGAACGUAUUGAUAAAACCCAACGAUUGUUCUGAAUCCCCAAACAAAAGUAAUGCCCAGGACAUGACCAAGUGAUGAAAUUGUAGAGUUGGAAGGGAUCCACCCACAUGGUCAUCUCAUCCCACCCCCUGCAAUGUGUCUCCAAGUGCUGGACCACAGCUUCCCUCAUCCCUGAAUGGCUGGCUCUGAAGGGAGUUGGGGCCCCACAUCAUCUGAAGGUUCACAGGCUCCUCACCCCUUGCAUAAAUGUCUGAAAUCUGUAAAGCGUGCUGGUGACUAAAAAGUGGUUAAGUAACUUAGUAGUAGUUAAGGCUUUUGCAAUGGCUACUGGUCACGUUGGCUGUGUCACGGUAAAGGGAAGAGGAUAAAUCAGUGAUAUGUAUAUGCUUUGUGGGCAUUUGUGGUGAGUCCUAUACUUUGAAAGAGUAGCAUGUAUCCAUAGUAUUAGCCAUAGCAGCUGGGUCACCCAAAUAAAGAAAGCUGGGGCCGACUGUUUUUGCAGACCCCACCAAUGUUUUAACGUUUGAAUACAUUCUGUUUUGGAAUUUUUAUUUGUAGGUGUUCCAUCGCACAGCUCAGUUUUUCUGCCGAAUCAUUUUUAUUUUCUCUCCAAAGACUUGAGAACAGUAAAAUCUAAAGUCAUGUUUUGUUUUGUAAAAAAGAAAAGAAAAUGUUUUUAAAUCGCAUCUGAACUGUAAUGAAUGAUAGAUGUAUCUUCAAAAGUUAAUAAAGCCAGGAUCGGUGCCUCUUGUUUAACAUUA